UCUACUCCUAUCUCUCUCUCUCUCUCUCUCUCUCGCUCUCUCUCGCUUUCUUCUCUCUCGUUAGCCAGCUCGAUGCUGGUUUAGAAGGAAAAACUAGUACUGGUCGUCAUGGCCGUCGAACUGAUGUUGGGAUACAGAAAUACUACUGACAACUUUGUUACACAAUUGGAAGAAAGUGGUGCUGUUCAAGAAGCUGCGUGUAGUGGGUUGGAGAGUGUUGAGAAGCUCAUCCAAUUGUUCUCGCGGAAGGAGCAAAAGGGCACUCGUACAAUAUCCUCAGAGCAGCAAAAUUCCAGCAUGGAAAUUGAGAUGGACUGUAAAGUCGAAACUGAUGCGGCGGUGACCAAAUUCAAGAAAGUCAUCUCUCUUCUAGGCCGAACCAGAACUGGCCAUGCUCGUUUUAGAAGAGGCCCCGUCCCCGUGGCUACAAAUCCGGUUCCUCUCAAGGAUUGCUCAACCGAGGAAGUGGCUGAUACUAAAGUUUAUUGUCCAACGCCAAUUCAACAAAUCCCACCCCCUCUUCAUGACUUUCAUUUACGUAACCGUAAUCAUCAUGUUAUCUCCCAUCAGUCAGAUGUAAAUCAGGUUACUUCGACUUUUUCUCAAACUCCGACAGGUGGGGUGGUUGUUGAAAAAAGAGAACCAAUCUCAAGAUCCAUUAGUUUCUCUUAUUCGCCGGCGAUUUCUCAUGCAAACUCGUUCAUAUCGUCGCUGACGGGUGAGACAGACAGCAAGCAGCUGAUUUCUUCUUCUUCGGCGUUUCAACUUACCAAUCUUUCUCAGGUUUCUUCUGCUGGAAAGCCACCUUUAUCUUCUUCAUCUUCCUUCAAAAGAAAGUGCAUUUCGGAAAACGGCAUCUCCGGCAAGUGUAGCCCCUCUGCUGGCCGCUGUCACUGUUCCAAGAAAAGGAAGCUGAGACUGAAGAGGGUGAUCAGGGUUCCGGCUAUAAGCAUGAAGAUGGCUGACAUUCCUCCGGAUGAUUACUCCUGGAGAAAGUAUGGACAGAAGCCCAUCAAAGGGUCUCCACAUCCCAGGGGUUACUACAAGUGUAGCAGUGUGAGGGGAUGUCCAGCAAGGAAACAUGUGGAGAGAGCCUUGGAUGAUCCAACCAUGCUAAUUGUUACAUAUGAAGGAGAGCACAACCACUCCCUCUCUGUCGCAGAAACCAACACUGCUGCACUGAUACUGGAGUCUUCCUGAUCAGGAUUAUAAUUUGUUCCACCGCAACACACUUAAUCGGUGCCCAAAAAGGGUGGAAAAUGUAGGGGAAACAAAUGUAAAAUUGUGUAAUAGCGUAAUUAUCUAGCAGUCUAAUAGGUAUUAAUCAGUUUGUGUCUCGAAGGAGAUUUUAGAGACUGAUUAUUAGUGACUUUAGUUUAUUUCUUGUACAACAACUUUUAGUCUUGAUCAUUUAUCUGUUUUUCUUCUUC